UCAGACCCCGGCAUGAAAAAAAGAAACAACCUCUCAAUGGCUGACAUUGAUCUAGCCCAACUCCCCUCGUGGCCCCGAGUCGCCCAGCAGGUCCUCAUACGUUUCGCCAACCAGGAGGAUUGCCACAGGACUGGAUGAGUCCGGGGAUAACGACGAUGGAAGCCUCCGACGACGCAGUUCAGUGGCCUCCAGAAAUCGAGUGCCCAGUCUUGCACCCCGGACCACUCUCGCCCAGAGGACACAGGGCAAUUUCACCAUGGCCGGGCCGGACGAGACGCCGCAGCUGCGUCUGGCCCACGAGCCCUUUGUCCAGCCGGGCUACGCGGAGCUCAACCCAUCAUACGAGCAGCCGGCCAACGCAAAGCCUGUCUGGGGGUUGGCCAAACCGCUGCCGCGCGUGGUGCGGCCGGGCAUGGUGCCCACCAGGGAGGAGCUGCUGGAGGCCCGCCAGAACGCCCAGCUGCCCGCCGAAAACUCCCAGAAGUUGGGGCUGGAUGUCGAUCCCAACGACCUGGAGAAGGGUCGCAUCGACAAGACCACCCUGUCGCCCGCCAAGAUGGCCGCCCAGGUCGAGGAUGCCCGCCUGCAGCGCGAGGCCAACUUUCUGGACAAGCUGCUGACCAGCGAUGCCAAGUCCACGCGCCUGUCGUCGCGCGUGUCGCGGACCUCCUCCCUCCGUCGGCCACGCGACUCGGCGCUGGGCCCCGACGUCGACAAGUUGUCCACUGUCGAGGAAGGUUCGGAUCAGGCCACCACUACCCCUGCAGCCCCGAGUCAUGAAAACUUACACUUUGAGGACGUCCAGCACGACGCGCCCCUGUCCCCCGUGCCCGAGGAGGCGGAUGGUGGCGGCGAUGGUGGCAGCGAUGGUGGCGGCGGCGACGAUCUGGCGAUGAACAUUCCCGCCCUGGACGAGGCGGCGUACCCGGAAGACCUGCACCCGCUGAUCCAGGAGCUGGUGGAGGAGGAGGUGCACAAUAACCAUACGACGUGGUCAGUGAUCCGCACGCAUCACCGCGAAGCGCUGGCCGAAGCGCUGGCCGUCUUCGUGCAGCUGACGGUAGGCUUCUGCGCGGACCUGGCCGUCACCAUCGCCGAUGCCGGCAACCCGAACACCACCGACUGGGCGUGGGGAUUUGCGACGAUGAUGGCCAUCUACAUCUCCGGUGGCGUGUCCGGUGCCCACCUCAACCCGGCCAUCACGAUCAUGCUGUGGUUCUACCGCGGGUUUCCCAAGCGUCUGAUGCCCGAGUACUUUGCGGCGCAGUUCAUCGGCGCCUUCUGCGCGGCGCUGGUCUCGUACGGGCUCUACCACAGCUCGAUCCAACACUACCUGGCGAGCAAUGCCAGCACUGACAUCGUCAACAGCUUCGUGACGAACCAGCGCGAGGCGUGGAUCGGCCCUGCCACGGCCUUCUUCACCGAGUUCGUGGGCACGGUCAUCCUGACGGUGACGGUGCUGGCGCUGGGCGACGACCAGAACGCCCCCCCGGGCGCAGGCAUGAACUCGCUGAUCAUCGGCCUGGUGGUCACCUGCACGUCCAUCUCGUUUGCCUACCAGACGGGUGCGGCGCUGAAUCCGAGCCGGGACUUUGGCCCACGCCUCGCCCUGCUGGCCCUGGGGUACGGCAGCGAGCUGUUCACGAACCCGUACUGGUUCUACGGCCCGUGGGCGGGGGCCAUCUCCGGGGCGAUGAUCGGCGCCUUCCUGUACGACUUUAUGAUCUUCACGGGCGGCGAGUCGCCGGUCAAUUACCCGCUCGAGCGGACGCAGCGGGCCCUGCGCAAGAGCCGGGCCAAGUGGUCGCGCCGGUUGCAUUUGAAGGGGAGGGAGAACGAGAAGAUAUAUGCAUAGAGUAAAGCGAGAAGAAUAUGCAGAGUAGAGCAUACAGUACGGAGUACUCUGUACAGCACAGAUUAAGGAGAAUUGUUUUCACCUGACAG